UCCCGGAAACAACAUGGUUGUUUUGGUGUUCGCUAGUAUAACUAGUCCUCUGUCAAAAGUUGUGUUCAGCAUGGACUGCACAGCGCUGGAGGUCGAUGCAUUCAAAUUUGCCAAAACAGCUGUCACUUAUGACCAGAGUGGCAAAUAUAACGAGGCUGUAUUUUAUUAUAAGGAGGCAGCCCAGGCCCUGAUAUAUGCUGGCAUGUCCGGGUCCAAACUGGAGGGCAUCCAGGACAAAGUGAACGAGUAUUUGGAUCGAGUCCAAGCCCUCCACAAUGCUGUCCAGGCCCAGAAGAGCGACCCGCUGAAGUCCCGGCAGCAUGUGGACCUGGAGCGUGCCCACUUCCUGGUCACCCAGGCCUUCGAGGAAGACGAGAAGGGAAAUGACGACGAAGCCAUUGAACUGUACACUCAGGCUGUGGAGCUGUGCAUCAACACGUCCAACGAGACAUCGGACCAGGCGCUGCAGACCAAGCUGAAGCAGCUGGCACGUCAAGCUUUAGACAGGGCCGAGGGUCUUAAACAAUCCCAGUCCAGAUCAACUCCAACUCAGGACAGAACGGGGCCUCCUGGUGCCAAGCCCAGCAGCGGUGCCCCUUCUGGGGGCCCGGUCCGCCAAUUCUUUCCCCUCGGGUCAGACUUCAGCAUCAAUGACCGACCACAACCCCAGCCGGUCCGGGCGGUCCAGUCCAGCGAGCCUCAGGGUCAGCGCUACACGUCUGAGGAGAUCGAGGUGCUCAGGAGUACAUCUACAAUCAACAGCAUCGCCUAUGUGCCCUUCAUGAGUGUGGACCUGAGGGAGCGAUUUGCCUUUCCUGUCCCUUUCUCGGACAAAAUGGGGAAACUGGCGCUGUCACCCAAACAGAAAGCCAUCUUCUCCCGCUGGGUCCGGCCAGACGAGAUCUGCAAUAACCCCACCAUGAUCAUGUCGGUGUCCAGCUUCAGCAUCAAGCAGACGGUGGUGUCUGACUGUUCGUUUGUGGCGUCGCUUGCCAUCAGUGCGGCGUACGAGAGGCGUUACAGCAAGAAACUCAUUACCAGCGUCAUCUUCCCUCAGAACAGACGAGGGGAGCCAGAGUAUAACCCCUGUGGGAAGUACAUGGUCAAGCUUCACAUCAACGGAGUCCCCAGGAAGGUGAUUAUAGACGACUACCUGCCGGUGGAUCGUAAUGGAGAGCUGCUGUGCUCCUACUCCAGCAACAGGAAUGAGCUCUGGGUCUCCCUGAUCGAGAAGGCCUACAUGAAGGUGAUGGGAGGCUACGACUUCCCUGGCUCCAACUCGAACAUCGAUCUGCAUGCGCUCACCGGCUGGAUCCCCGAACGCAUCGCUAUGCACUCAGACAAUCAGUCAUUCAGCAAGGACGACACUUUCCGUAUGCUCUACCAGAGGUUUCAUAGGGGUGACGUCCUCAUCACCACAGCAACGGGGGUGAUGACAGAAGAGGAAGGGGAGAGAUGGGGUUUAGUGCCAACACACGCCUACGCUGUUCUCGACAUCAGGGAUCACAAGGGAAUGCGUUUCCUGCAGCUGAAGAACCCGUGGAGUCAUCUGCGGUGGAAGGGGCGUUACAGUGAGCGUGACGAGAAGAACUGGACACCCGAACUCCUCAAGUACCUCAACUUUGACCCCAAAACGGCUCAGAAGUUUGAUAAUGGUGUUUUCUGGAUCGCAUGGGAAGACCUUUGUCAGUACUAUGAUGUCAUCUACUUGAGCUGGAACCCCGCCCUGUUCAAAGACUCUUACUGUAUUCACAGUAGCUGGGAUGGGAAGCAGGGCCCAGUGAAGGACGUCUACAGUCUGGCCAACAAUCCCCAGUACAAGCUGGAGGUCCAGUGUCCCACAGGGGGCGCUGCUGUGUGGGUGUUGCUCACCAGACACAUCACUGACAAGGAUGAUUUUGCACAAAACAGAGAGUUUAUCACUCUUGUUGUUUACAAGACUGAUGGGAAGAAGGUUUACUACCCAGCGGAGCCCCCUCCUUACAUUGACGGCAUCCGUAUCAACAGCCCACACUACCUGACCAAGAUGAAGCUGACCAGCGCUGGGACACACACCUUUACACUGGUGGUUUCCCAGUAUGAGAAACAGAACACCAUCAACUACACACUGCGGGUAUACACCGGAUGCAAAUUCACCUUCUCCAAGAUCCCGAAUCCUUUCACUCAAACCAAAAGGGUCAACGGCCAGUGGAAGGGGCCCAGUGCUGGAGGGUGUGGGAACAAUAAGGAUUCAUACAAACACAACCCCAUCUAUCAGAUCAACAUGGAGCGGCCGGGACCGUUGCUCGUGGAGCUCCGAGGAUCCAGGCAGUACAGUGUUGGUUUUGAGAUGCUGACGGUGUCCAUGGUGGGGGAUCCCGGCCCGGCUGCCUUCCAGAAAAAGACUAGUGGAGAUUACAGGUGUGGCUUCUGCUACAUGGAGGCGGACUACGUCCCCGCAGGCCUCUACAACGUCAUCCCCACCACCUUCCUGCCCAAACAGGAAGGACCCUUCUUCUUGGACUUUGCCAGCACUUCGCCCGUCAAGGUCUCCCAGCUCCAGUGAAGAAGGAGCUGUAGAGAGGAUGGGGAGAGAGGUACUUGCAAGGGCAUCAUGGGAUAUUUCUGAAACUGUACUUUGGAUGUUAUGAGGUGUCAAGGCCUCAAUAAAACACAAAGAAUGUGUCGCAGCCCUCCCCCAGCUUCUGAACCUUUCACUGAGCACAGAUUUUGGACUUGAACUUCAAUGUUUGCUUGAUGAUACCACACAAUUAUGGUGAAUGAAUGUAUUAUUAGUCACUAUGGAAUGAAACCCAUCAAUGCGUUGGACAGAAUAAAACGCAUGUUCACCUUUUGCCAUAAAAAGCUAGAUACAGUAUCUACAGAUCUCAUGAGCUGUGAUCACACGAUGAGAAGUAACGGGCUUAAAAUAAAUACCAGCCACCAGAAAUGACCAUCAUGGCUGCCUGGAAGCAAAACAAUGAUUUUCAGGUUCUGUUUUUGCUGCAAUCAGAACCUCAACAGUCCAGAAGGGCAUUCUUACUACCUGCAGCUGGUUGAAUCCUCUCAAAUGUUUUGUGUUAGGGUUUACAUCACACAUGGAAAGUAAGAUCCUCAGAGAAUCAGCAGAGCAUCUGUCCACAAACUUUUGGGCACUUUCGGUCUUUCUUUCGUGGUGUGAAGUCUUAAUCCGACUUCAUACAAUAAUAUCUUAGACAAUAGUGUUCUUCCAGCUUUGACAUUUAACAUGAGCCUGUGCACAAAGCCAGCUCCAUAAAGAAACAGUUUCCCCGUUUUUAAAAUUAGAGCAUUGACAGCCGAAUAAGUGAUGCAUCCUUCCAAGUCAGAUAGGGUUCCUGAUGACGUCUCAGUAAGAGAGAGACAGCUGUCAAUCACAGCCGGUUUGAUAGCUGUGUAUUCAUACAAGGCUCUGCCGAACAGAAACAGUGUAACGGUGUCUAUGUGCCACAUUAUUGCUUCUCUGCAGAAAGCAAGAGUAACAGCUGGUCCAAGAUAUACAUACAUUAAAUAAGAUAAUAAACUAGAAAGCACAAAGAAAUACAAGUUGGGGUUAUGGUUGCUCUUCGUUAUGUAAACAUUCAAGAUCAACAUGAGAAGAAGUUGAUACUGGCAGUGUGAAGCCUCAGUCCUUUCUUUAAUACUUUACUGAUCAGACUUACAGUUAAAUAGUUCGGAGUCGCAGCUAAACUUGUAAAAGUCUGUGGAAGGGAAGUCAGUUUCCUUAAAUGACCGCAAAGGUUUUCUCUCAGGAGCAGCACCACAGGGAGUCCAGUAUGGCAGCAGUUGAAUGACGUCUCUUUAUGUUGUCUGUGGAUGUGACGGCUCAGUGAUGGAAGAUCUGCCCGAUUUCACUGACGGGCCUCACGUCGGCAUGUAAACCUGUAUGUGUGUGUGUGUGUGUGUGUCAAUGUAUUGUCUCUCUCAAUCUUCUACAGGUUUAAAGAUGUAAAUGUUUUGCCAAGUACACAUCCUCUGUUUACUUUUUUGUUAAUGUGCUGCACUUUGUCAUCACUUCUUAUGUUUAUUGUCAAAAAACAGUUUAUGGAAAAUAAUGUCACUUUGCUUUUAAGCAGUUUAAACGUUAAAAGGUCUCAGAAAGCGUCUCAUCUCACCGUGGUCGAGGACACAUGUUGCUGCUUAUCUCUGCAACACCAGCAAAGCUUUGCAGUCGCAGUCGAGUCCUCGGCACACGGUGCUGGUUUUGCUGAGUUAGACCCGGCUGGAGGUCGAGGUGUGAGCACGUUAAAGUCAGCUGACACUUCUGCAAUGCCCUUUAGUUGCAAAUUCCUGCAUUAAGAGUUAAUGGUGAAGUGAAUCUGCCUGCAGUGCCACACAGGGUUGUCAGUGUUGAAUCUAAGCUGCACGUCGUCACACAAAGUCUUCGGUGUUUACGGAGCGAGAUGCGUAACUGUAAGCUGCUGUAGUGAAUGUAAAGACAACAGUCUGCAAGCAAGGCUUGCUUUUAUUUCACUUAACUGAUUGUUUAGCCUGUAAAAUGUUAAAGAGGCCGUCACAAGGUCACAUCUCCACUCCGACCAUCAACACAGCAUCUCCUUUCUCAACAUGGAACCAGUUAUGUUUAGUUUAGUUUCUGGUUAAACAACUCAAACAAUGUUGAUAAAUGUUUCAUUGAAUAUUUUGAGCACUCAGUUAUCAUCACUGCAGUGUGCACCGCUUUGGCUUCUGCUUUACAAUCAUGUCAUUUAUAAGAUUAAGAUUGUUUUUAAAUCCUCAACACACAGAGUGCACAUUAUUACAUGUGCACUCUGUGUGUGUGAUACACCUGGUUCAUAGUAAAGGGAGCAUGGGGACAAUUUUCACUCAUAAUUACUGUUAAUAAUUGAUACUAAGAGCUGACUGUAAAUGAACUUUAAAUGCUGUUUGAAAUGUUCUAUUCAGAGUGAAAUAUAGCUUUACAUUUAUAUUGCCAAGCAUUUCUGUCAAUUAUGCACUUGUUAAUUGAUAAUAAAUCAUUAUUAAUGCCA